AUGAGCGAGGAGACAGUGACCAACGGAGCGGGUGCGGGUGCCGAGGCAGGGGCGGUGAAGAGCGAGGCUGGGGCUGCGGGCGCGGUGGAGGCUGGUGUGGUUGAGGCAGGAGCGGGUGCAGCAGGAGCGGCAGUUUCGGAUGGUGGCGCCCAGGUCGCCGAGGGCGCAGCAGAGAGCACGGGCGCGGGCGCGGGCGCGGGCGCGGGCGCGGGCGCGGGCGAGGGCGAGGGCGAGAGCUUGAAGCGCAAGCGCGACGACGACGCUUCGGCGACGACGGCGGCGGCGGCGGCGGUGGCGGCUCCGGCCGAGGCAGCGGCUGUUGAGGAUGACGGCUACGGCGACGAGCCUGCGCCAAAGCGGGCGCGCGGCCUCGAGGCUCCGGCUGCGGUGGCGGCUCCUGUGACGGCGGCAGCUCCGGCUCCUGCGGCAGCGGCAGCUCCGGCUCCUGCGGUGGCGGCGGCUCCUGCAGCGGCGGCGGCUCCUGCGGCGGCGGCUCCUGCGGCGGCGGCUCCUGCGGCGGCGGCUCCGGCGCCGGGUGCUCCGGUGCAGCAGCCUGCGUAUGGGUACGCGCAGCCUGUGGCUGCGGCGCCGAUGGCGCCCGUGGGCGGCCCGAACGCGCACGUGCGGUGCUACUCGUGCGGCGGUUACGGACAUUACGCACGCGAGUGCCCCGCACAGCAGCCGCAGGCCGCCGGCGGGUACGGCGCCCAGGGCUACGGCGCGCCGGCGGCUGCCGGCGGGUACGGCGCCCAGGGCUACGACCAGUCGGGCUACGGCCAGCAGGCGGCCGGUGGUUACGGCCAGCAGGCGGCCGGCGGUUACGGCCAGCAGGCAGCUGGUGGUUACCAGCAGGGCGGUUACCAGCAGGGCGGAUACGGCGGCGGGUACCAGCAGGGCGGUUACGGCGGCGGGUACCAGCAGGGCGGCUACGGUGGUGGGUACCAGCAGGGCGGUUACGGUGGACAGGGCGGAUACGCCGCUCGUAACCCGCAUCUUCCGCCCGACCGUGGCUGCUUCCGCUGUGGCGGCCCGCACCUGGCCCGCAACUGCCCUCAGUCGGCCGCGCCCGGCAUGGACACUUGCUUCCGCUGCGGUCAGCCCGGCCACCGCGCCCGCGAGUGCGGCGCGCCUGACUCGCGCACCUGCUACCUGUGCAAGCAGGUCGGCCACAUCUCGUCGCAGUGCCCGAACGGUGGCGCCGCUGCCUACUAG